AGCUGUGAUUUUUCCUUUAAUUAUUAUUUUUGUGUUUCAUUCUGUUUGACCAGUGAUAAUUGGCUAGCCAAGCUUUUUUUUCUGUCUAUAGCCAGUGUCCCAUUUUGGUUUGUUUGUGUGAAGGUGGUGCUGGUGUGUUUUGGUUUGUAAUCUUGCAGGGAAGUGUGCAGGGAGGGUCAUAAAUCCGUAGCAGUGCUUGGUGGCUUUUUUUGUGUGUGUGUGUGUCUCGUUUUGCUUAUAGAGCAAUAUCUUAACCUUUGUCCUUGCCCUGUUGAGCAAAAGUGAAAGUUAGAUGCUGGGUACAAGCUUCUGCAAUCAGUUACCCCUUUUAACUUUUUGUAACCUUAGACUCCUCAUUCAGAGGAGACUAGGUGAAAAAUCAUAGUCACAUUAAAAAAUAAAUUGGAAGCAAUCCGAAGCAUCCUCUUGUCUUAGUAUCAGUAAAAGAAUUUCAUGGUUAAAUUAUAACAGAAACAUUUACUUCUGCAGUCACCUCCAUAAAAGGCAGUGUUAAUUAAAUCUGUUACUGCCCAACCACAGGCUUCAACUAGAACCUCUUCUCUGCUAUCCCAGGCGUGGAUGGAGAGCAUGAUACCGUACUAUUAUUCCCGCAGAUGUCCACAGAAGACACUGAGAGAAGGGAGCAGGAGCACACGCGAUAGUCCUGUCUCAGCACAAUACAAGUCUAGGUUUGAAUUGUUGCCACCUUGAAAACUGGGCUGUAUUUGAAAUCUUAAUAGUCCCACCAAAAUGAUGUAAUUGCACUUUUGACUAGUCCGUGGCAACAGGUACAGGUUUACAGAAUAGCUUCUGGAAUGUUCUAGCACUCAAAUGCAGCGUUGCAUUCAGUGUAACGCCUGGAGGCACUGCCCUGCUAAUUGCAGGGUUUUGGUAGGCCUGAUAUUGCCGCACCAAGCCAUAUGGGGGAAAAUACAGCCCAGUUCUUGUUCAUAAGUUUUAGUUCUGUGGGUUUUUCCCCCUUCCCCAGAACCCUUGAUCUUGAAGAUGGUGAGUAGCCAGCCUAAGUACGAUCUAAUACGGGAGGUUGGUCGUGGCAGUUAUGGUGUGGUGUACGAAGCAGUCGUCAGGAAGACCUCUGCACGGGUCGCGGUGAAAAAGAUUCGGUGCCAUGCUCCAGAGAACGUGGAACUAGCUCUGCGUGAGUUCUGGGCACUUAGCAGUAUCAAGAGCCAGCAUCCCAACGUCAUUCACCUGGAGGAGUGCAUCUUGCAGAAAGAUGGUAUGGUGCAGAAGAUGUCCCAUGGCUCCAGUUCCUCCCUUUAUUUACAGCUUGUAGAGACCUCACUAAAAGGAGAAAUAGCCUUUGACCCCAGAAGCGCUUAUUACCUCUGGUUUGUAAUGGAUUUCUGUGAUGGAGGAGAUAUGAAUGAGUAUCUGUUGUCCCGAAAGCCGAACCGCAAGACCAACACCAGUUUCAUGCUUCAGCUCAGCAGCGCACUGGCGUUCCUGCACAAAAAUCAGAUUAUUCAUCGUGAUCUCAAACCAGACAAUAUCCUGAUAUCUCAGAGCAGGACGGAUGCUAGUGACUUGGAGCCUACCCUGAAAGUAGCUGAUUUUGGGCUGAGUAAAGUAUGUUCAGCCUCAGGACAGAACCCCGAGGAACCAGUCAACGUAAAUAAAUGUUUUCUAUCAACUGCCUGUGGGACUGACUUCUAUAUGGCCCCUGAAGUCUGGGAAGGACACUACACUGCCAAAGCAGACAUCUUUGCGUUGGGAAUUAUAAUCUGGGCAAUGUUGGAAAGAAUCACAUUCAUAGAUACGGAAACAAAGAAAGAACUUCUGGGGAGUUACGUCAAGCAGGGGACGGCGAUCGUGCCUGUUGGAGAGGCGCUUCUAGAAAACCCUAAAAUGGAACUGCUCAUCCCCGUAAAGAAAAAAUCCAUGAAUGCUCGAAUGAAACAGCUGAUCAAGGAAAUGCUGGCUGCCAACCCGCAGGACCGACCCGAUGCUUUUGAGCUAGAACUGCGGUUAGUCAACAUAGCUUUUAAAGACAGCAGCUGGGACACGUGACCGGCCGAGUCGUGUCGGUCUCGAUAGAGCUGCUUCUCACCUACCUGAUGGUGCAACUUAAUGGCAGUGAAAGAAAUGAGCCUGAACUCAAACCUGCAGGUGUACUUUCUACCAAAUGAAUCUCUUUUUGAGUUUCACAAAUGCUACGAAUGUGAGUUGGCCGUUGUGUUAACGAUGUGUUGAUGUGUAUAAUACCAGGAUGUUACAUGCAAGUCUAAGAUGUGACGAUGUUCGUUUGUGUACGCUGGCAGUGGGAUGUCUUAAGAGCUGAGACUUGAUUUCCAGCACUAUGUCAUGGAGUAUUUCAUACAUUCCAGUUUCCUACGUCAGUAUUAGGAACUCUUAUGGAAAAAAAGAGAUUUGCA